UUCGGGUAAAUAUUCGUUUCAGCAUUUAUUUACUAGUCCGGUUUUAGUUUGUUGUGUUGUGUUGGGGAAACAUUUUAUACCUGUGUUUGCAAGUACAAUAAAUUAGGCCUAUAAUAUCAAUCUCUUAUCGAUUAUAAGCUUAAAAGUCAUGGACACUCGUGCAGGACUGGAUCAAUGUUUAGUUUUCUACCCAAACAAAUCAAGCUUGGAAGGUGUAUCCAGUGAAAUUCUGUUGAACUUACUUCAAGCUAAAUUCAGAGACAAUCUUGACCAUCCAUUAUGUACCUCUAUAUUGAAGAGUCUAACAUUUGAGAAUGGACUAGAACAGAGUUUGAAACUCAGCAUCAAAAGGCUUUUAAAAAGCAACAAUGAUUUUGCAGAAUUUUACGAUUUAUUGGGCAUUGGUAUAUCCAGCUUACAACUUUUUGUUCAAACAAAUUGGACUGGACCUCCGGACAAAAGUAAACAUGAGUCUGCUCUGCCCGAACUACGUCGAGCUGUUUCUGACGCAGCAGACUGCUCAGAGACUGAGUGGUUGGACAGACUGACUGCGGAACUGGUGACUGAUGGAGAAGCAAUCUCACCGAACAUCCAUGGUCUGGAACUGCUGAUGCUAGCUCGGGCCAUCCUCACUUCCGAUGUUUUCAAUAAUACGGUCAGCACACUCUGGUGGCGUCUGCGAUGUCUAUUCAUCCACCAGCAAGUGUUGGAGGAGAGAUCUCCCAACAUCCACAAACAGCUGACUGAGCUGCUGGAUCAGCUGAUGACGUGUGAGGCGGUGGCUGCGUCGUCUGCUCUCAGUGCUCAGCUACAGCUAGAGGCAGCCAGUGUCUGGUUACACUACGGACAUGUAGGGAAGGCCGGAGAGGCUGUUAGGGCUGCUAGCAAACAGCUCGGCAUUGAACUCAGUCUAGUUGGUGCUCUCGGUAAAAGAACAAAAUUCCAAGAAAAGGAAGUGGCCCAGUUAACAUUGAGUGUGAAUAUAGACAGGGAUUCUGAGAAUUCAAUGGAUGCCAGUGUAGCAGCUUUAGGAGGUGAAGACGGCAAUAAUCUUCCUAAGGACGUCAAGCUGGAAGAUGACGUGAGGUUGAGUCAGAUCAAGUUUUCCGAUGACUCCGUAGAACAUUACCCACUGCUGACUCCGGCUGAACAAGCCCUCGUAUUGGCGUCAUGUAUGCACAAACAGAAGAGUCAGCCAAAAGACAAACUUCACUCUGAAGAGCUUUCACCGUACCUCACUUGCCUGACCAGUCAGCCUAGAGUAUGGGCUCUGCAGACAUCUGCGCUACUGCUAAGAUCCAAACUAGACUCUGAACACAGACGGACUGUAGAGCGAGCCCUCAUGCAGUUCCAGGUAUUGUCGGACAGUGUUAGCAGUGAGUGCCCACCUGCAAGUGACCGCCUAGGUUGGAUAUAUGCCUGCCACCUACCUCCCGCCUGGCGUAUACACGCCUUGCUGGCACACUGCUACAUAUCGCUGGGAAUGGUACAGACUGCUCUAGGCAUCUUCUUGUCUCUCGGCCACUGGGAAGAGAUUGUAGCUUGCUAUAACUUCCUUAAACUGCGCCACAAGGCAGCAGAGGUAAUCAAACAGCAGUUGGAGAAACGGCGCACAGUGAAGCUGCUUUGUUUGCUAGGUGAUGCGACGGACGACGAGGAGUGCUACAGAGAGGCGUGGGAGUUGUCGGAACAUAAAAGUGGUCGGGCACAACGGCACUGGGCUCUCUACUACUACAACCGCAGACAGUAUGCUGAGAGCAUCCCUCACUUAGAAAAGUCUCUCAACAUCAACAGUCUACAGGAAGGGCUUUGGUUCAGACUUGGCUAUGCAGCACUAGACCAGGAGAACUGGCCGUUGUGUGCCACAGCGUACCGUCGCUACUGCACACUCGAGCCUGAUAGUUUUGAGGCGUGGAACAACUUAGCGAAAGCAUACGUCAAAACUGGUCAGAAGGCGCGAGCGUUCCGAGCACUACAGGAGGCAGUGAAAUGUAACUACGAGAACUGGAGAGUCUGGGACAACCUCAUGGCCGUCAGCACCGACUGUGGCCAGUUUGAGGAGGUUAUCCACUGUUAUCACCGUAUCUUGGAUCUCAAUGAGAAACAUGUGGACGAAGAUGUACUGAAGAUUCUGACAAACGUGUUGGUAGAACAACAAACGGGAGACAACGAGUCUGCAAGUAAACUCAGGAAACAGGCUCUUACGCUUUACGGCCGUCUUACCGCUCAAGUUAUGAACAACUCUACAAUUUGGCAACUUUAUGCUCAGUUGGUUGCUUGUGGUGAAUCCACGACAGAAUCAAGAGUAAAGGUUGCUCAGUGUCUACAGAAGGCAUACAGAGCUGCAACCCAGGGCUCUUGGGAAAGAGACGUAACAUCAUGUCAGAAGGUCAUCGCACUGUGUGUGGAUCUUGCCAAAGCUUACAUGCAGUGCAGUAACCAGUGCAACUCAUCUAAUGAGAAAGUUCAGAUGCUUUCUUCUGCCAAACUGCCUUUAAAAAGCGUUCUCUCAAAGAUUGAGAAGGAACAAACAGACUUGGUUACAGGAGAACUGCCGGAGGAUUUGGCCACAAGACACAAGGAGUUACUCCGUUUUUACGAGCAGAUUGUCGAUGAGAUACAAAGGCUACAGACUAAAUAGUGUAAAAGCAGCUUUUGUAAAUAAAUGUUAUAUUUUACAAA